AUGGCUAGACUUCUUCGACGAAUCACGCAGAGAGUCUGCUGUGCCUACAGGACUGUCUCAUCCGUGGCGGCAUCCAUUAUCUCGGGAACCCCUCCGUUGGAGUUCCAAGCUAGAAGGCUAACGGUUAUGUACUAUCGUAAUCGAGCUGCUAUAGAGGACAGAGAAGAGAUCUCCCCUAGAACGCGUCUGCACUGGCUCCUAGAAGCCAAGGAUCAGGCCUUGCAGGAUUGGAGAUUGAGUCUCCUUGCUAUGAAAGACUCUGAUCCUAGUCUACGUUUGCGCGAUGCACUUGUAAGUAGAUUGGGAGACAGGGUUAACAGGAAACACGGCUGGAUCACAUACCACAUGACCCAGUUUUUAACGGGUCAUGGCUGCUUUAAUGUAUUUUUGUACAAAAUUAAAAAGUCUGCUACACCAGAAUGUUAUGAAUGCACAAAUGAAUUGGACACUGCUCAACAUAAUCUCCAAUUCUGUAAGGCUUGGAGUGUAGAAAGAGGAGACUUGAAAAGAAUUGUUGGGAACAAUCUGGAUCUCCCAUCUGUAAUUGACUCCAUACUGGAUAAUUUAGAUAAUUGA